GCCCACGCCUACGCCUACGCAGCGCAAAGUGACUCGUUCGAGACUUGGAUGUGAGACGUGUCGAGCGAGGAAAGUUCGAUGUGAUGAGCGGCCGGGGAAAUUCUGGCCGCAGUGGUGGUGAACAUGAUGAUGGGAAUUCGCCACCAUCAACAGCAGUAGCAGUGGAACUCGGGAAAACUUCUUCUUCUUCUUCGAGAACGAUUCAUGCUGCUGCUGCUGCUCUUUCCACUGGAACUCCAGCGGGAGCGACAGCUGGCCUGAAACGCAAACGGACAUAUCGUUCGUGCAGCCAUUGUCGGGCUUCCAAGACGAGAUGCUCGGGUCAUAAACCCAUCUGCGUACGCUGUCGGGAGAAGUCGCUAAAAUGCAGAUAUGAAGAUGAAUCCGAGCCGGCGUGGAAGCGGAGGGUUUCUGCUACUGUCGUGGCGACUGAACAUCCGACCCCGUCUUCGGACUCUGCUCGAACCGACUCGAAUCUGAGCCCGCAAAGCCUCAAUAGUCCUAUCAAGAGGGCGGAUGCUACCCCCGUUGCCAGUCUUGGUUUGGGCUCACCCGUGAUAUCAGUGCAUGCCUUGAGCGCAUCUGUGGGCGAUGAUUUGCGUUGGCUAGUGGCCCCAAAACUCCCUGAUCGCCACAAGACCAGACUGCUCGUCGAGCGGUAUUUUGCGAAUGUGCACCACUUGCGGUGUUUUGCAUUCUUGCAUAAGCCUUCGUUCCUCCAGAAACUCGACAGUGAUGGGGAGAAGAUGCACGAAGGUCAUGCGUUACUCCAUAUUGUCUGCGCAUUGGGCGCACUCUUCUACGCCGUGGAGUGUGAAACGUCGCGCAAUAUCAGGCUGCCCAUCAACCCCCUUGACUCGGGAAAGCAUUGGGCGAGCCAUGCUCAGAACUUGAUCCUCGCUCGACUGAACAAGAUCUCGGUCGAGAACCUCAUGGCAGCUAUCCUCUUGCACGACUACGAGAUUCCCUUGCAGAUCAAUCUCGAACACUCGACUGAUGUAUUGUGCCGGGCACCAGGGGGCGGGCCUUCUGCCAGCGUCAAAGAAUCGCGUCGACGACUCAUGUGGGCCUGCUACAUCACCGACGUGUUGGUGGGAAGCGGAAUCGACCAGCUGGACUUGAUCGAUGAAGCCGAUAUCAAGGUCCAGCUGCCGUGCAACGAGCGCAACUUCGUGCUCGAGGAGCCCUGCAUCACGGAGACGCUGGAAGAAGGCCAAAUGCUGAAAUUCUUGCCUCCAGAGUUGCUGCCGACGUAUCCCCAGGACUGUAUGGGCAUGACUGCCUUCUACCUGCGUCACAUUGCGACUCGUCGGAAAGUGCUCAAGUAUCUCAAGCAUCUCGACAGCGCAAAGCCGCCGUGGCAUCCAGACUCCGAGUUUGCACAGCUGGACGCCGAGCUGAGGCAUUGGUACAACACUCUGCCUGCAAACCUGCAGUUCACCCCGACCACGCUGUACAUCCGCCAGGAGACAUCUCAAGUCGGUGCCUUGUGCGCUUUGCACUACGCCUACCAUCAGACCAUGUGUGAUUUGUAUCGCGUAGGCACCCCGGGACUGUACAAACUGCGCUCCGGCUUCUCCUAUGGUCCCGAACAGCAAGGCUUCCAUCGUCACCUGCAGAGCACCCUGUUUGGACAUGCGAGAAGUCUGGCGACGAUCAUGGCAGAAGCACUGCGCCACGUCCCCCAUGCCAUUGCCGAUUCAUGGCUGCCGACAAUUCUCUAUGAUUCGUGCAAGAUCAUGCUAUUCUACCUGACCCAGAUCAUCGACCCGAGCGCGGAGAGCAGUAAAGCGCUGAUGGCCGAGACGAUCCCACACUUGCGGAACAACGUGAAAGCAUUGAAGAUCAUGCGCUCCAUGUAUGCCGCUGCUACGCCUCUCUCGGAAGCAGCGGAGACGAUGGUAGGGAAGAUCGGCAUUGAGCUGGACAGCCAAUCGAGAAAUCCCGACUUCAUCCAAGACGACCCGUACUCGAAUAACGAGAACGAAGAGCAGGACCAUGCUGCUUCCACUCCAGGCACGCCUGCGCAGAGUGCUCCUGACUACGUGCUCAAUCCACUAUCAAUCUAUCGCCUGGCGCGCAAGUCCAUCCCCGAGAAGCACGCACCCGAGAAGCAGCCGCAUAGCACUUCCGCUCCGCCUCCUGCUGUGUCUAGCGCGAUGGCAACGAUACCACUUUCUCGACGACAGUAUCCCAUGCCGACAACCAUGUCCGACGAGUCACAGAUUGACCCGGGCCUCCGAUCCAACGCCAUGCCCAUUGUGGAUCAGAUCAAUUUCGAGGAACUACAGUCGUUGUUCUCCAGUGAUCCCACUGGCUGGACAUGGCAACCUGCGGAGACUGCUGUGGGUUCGAGGAACGCAUCCGGCAGUCUACCACCUUGGGAAUCGCAGGCACUGGAAGUGGGACUGGACGCUUGGCUACCGACCUUCCUGCCUGAGCAUUGAAGCCUGCGAGGAGUGAAUUUAGCUUCAAGAUUCCAAGUGCCAAAUAGGUAGGCAGGCCGCGGAGAAGAUUUCUGGGACUGGUAUGACUCCCUAUGAGGCGAGAUGGAUGGAUCGCCGCUCCAGAAGCCUGUGUGCACCUCGAACGCGCAAGCAUCUUUCUGACUCUUACGACUGUCCAGAGGAGUAUACUGUCGUGUCGGUUGAUUAAUGAUUCACCACUGUUGCUACCGUCUCCAAGACGAUCGGGCUGCUCACGGAUGGUAGACAGUUCACGAUACGAAGCAGUGACUGUACCUAGUAGCCCGUCUCGAAUACGUCUACAGGGCCUUCAAUCAAUCGACUAUGUAUGGACGAUUGAGCGCCGCUUCGAUGGUCCCCUCUGCGAUACUUCUCAGCCGGCAGUCCGAUCCACAAAAUAAAUAUAGAUCAGCUGCCAUAUCCUCGCCUGCAACCUUUUGUCGUGCGUAAUCAACUAGGCGGCGUUGGAAAACUUCACUGUCCGAAUCGUCCGGGAGAUCAUGGCGCGCGUACAUUCUGAUCUGCGCACCUAUCCGCACACGAUGUGAGUCGAUUAUUGUCAUCACAUGUUCCUAAUAUUCUACAUGUAGGUAUGGCUUGGAGGUGGCAAUGGAGAGAGAGUGGAUGCUUGGCAUGACAGACUUCUCCCGGAUGAUCCCUUAUGGCCUAUGUUCCAUGGUAACUCACACCUGAUCCAUAUAGCUCUUCAUCUGCUGCAUUCGACUACCUCCGAGCCUUUUCCACCUAAUUGGCUUUUUUUAUAGCUUCGUCGAUGGAUGACCAGGCCAAAGGUGAUAUUGCUUCACCACUUGAAAAUGCUCUUAGCCGUAGUUUCCGGGAUCAUUCAUGCUCGAAUGAUCUGGGGCGGUCAGGUGUCUGAGCAACCCG